AUGUGCGCGAGAGACCUUAUAAAUUCAGAGGAUGCGUUCGAGUUGUUGUCGUCGAUUGAAACAGAAGUACAACACCUGAACAACGCGCUACCGCACUUGUACGUGACAAUGACUACUUACCGAGGCCUAUCGCUGAAUGAGUACGUGUACUGUGUGCUGGAUCUGAAGUGGCGCGUGGUGGAGUUGAUUCUAUUUCUAGACCAGGCCAGAGCGAGCUUGGAUACGACGGUUGUCAUGGCAACGGAUGAGAGAGCUGGUGGGGGCACUGGGGCGGCACAGGAGAUGUGCAACGGGGAUGUACCGCAA